GAUCUGGUUGGGAGCCCUGGGUCAUAUUUGCUUUCCAGAAGGCCAUUGAUCUGGUGACAAAGGCAACAGAGGAAGAUAAAGCCAAGAACUAUGAAGAGGCAUUGAGGCUCUACCAGCAUGCAGUGGAAUAUUUCCUACAUGCAAUCAAAUAUGAGGCACAUAGUGACAAAGCAAAGGAGAGCAUCCGAGGGAAAUGUAUGCAGUACCUGGACCGAGCUGAGAAGCUAAAGGAUUACUUAAGGAAUAAAGACAAGCAGAGCAAGAAGCCAGUGAAGGAGGCUCCAAAUGACAGCAAGGGAAGUGACAGCGACAGUGAAGGAGAGAAUCCAGAAAAAAAGAAACUGCAAGAGCAGCUGAUGGGGGCCAUCGUGAUGGAGAAGCCCAACAUUAGGUGGAGUGAUGUGGCUGGACUGGAGGGAGCCAAGGAAGCCCUCAAAGAGGCUGUCAUCCUACCAAUUAAGUUCCCACACUUGUUCACAGGCAAGCGCACCCCCUGGCGAGGGAUCCUUCUCUUUGGACCCCCAGGCACAGGGAAAUCUUACCUGGCAAAGGCCGUUGCAACAGAAGCCAACAACUCCACCUUCUUCUCUGUGUCCUCCUCAGAUUUGAUGUCCAAAUGGCUGGGGGAGAGUGAGAAGCUUGUCAAAAACCUCUUUGAGCUGGCCCGACAACACAAGCCCUCCAUCAUCUUCAUUGAUGAAGUGGAUUCCCUCUGCGGAUCUAGGAAUGAGAAUGAAAGUGAGGCUGCCCGUAGGAUCAAGACAGAGUUCCUGGUUCAGAUGCAGG